CGAAGUCGAGACCUCCUCGCAAAGCUCCAGCUACCGCAGCUCCAAGGCCUCCUCCAAGUCUAACCAGUCUAACAUGAGUGUCCUGGAGCCGAAUCCCGCAGACAGCCGGAUGAGCAUGCGAGAAUCCGUGGUCGAGCGGGAAGGAGGCAAGGGCGAGGGUGAGGGUGGCGUCGAAGCGGAGGCUAGACCAGUGGCGGAGAUCAAGCCUGACGCCGAGGAGGACGAUGACGACCAAGAGAUUGAGAUCGGCGAGAAUUCGCCCGCGUCCAUGUUCCUGUACAGCCCGUUUCAGUUGCAGACUUCGAAAAGGAAGCGGAUCCAACGGCUCCUACUUCACAUGCAACUCCGCGAGAUCAGGUCGGCAUUCAACAAGCAACUAGCGCAAGCGAGGUCCAACAAAGUGUCCCUCAUCUCCCGAGUCUCGGAGAUGAAAACGAGGAUACUGGAUUUGCACAAGAUGCUGUCCCAGCCUGGAGUUUAUCCAUGGCCCGACCUCAACGAAGUUGUGGACAGUAUGCCCAACAUCUUUACCGUUGCAGACGAUGAAGUGCUGGUGGAGAAGCACCUGAACAAAGCUGAGAGGCAACGCGCCCUGCAGCUUGCCCACUUCGAGGAGCAACAAGCCAGGUUGCUAGCAGGAAAUGAUGCAUGCGAGCGGGCUUUGAUGGACAUGAUGGGAGGCAUUCUAGAGAAGAAGCUUGAGGUGGUGGGAGCGGAGGAACAGAUCAAGCUUCCUGCCUGGAUGGAAGGCAACCCUAAAAAGUUCACCAAGGAACAACACCUUGAAAUCAAAGCUUUUGAUGCCAUGCUCAAGGCUAUAGCAGAUGAAAAAGAUAAAAAAAUCAGAGCACAAGAGGCCGAGCAAAAAGCGCUCAGAGCUGAAGUGGACAAUAUUUGUUUUAAUUUCGAUGCCCAGAUGGAGGAUUUGUUCCAACAGCGCCUCUCGGUUGAGGCCCAAUGCAUUGCCAUAGAGGAAACAAUAGCCAGGCUGAGUGCAUCAAUUGAGAAGGACGAAUUUGUGGACGAAAGAACUGAGGCCAACAUGAACAAAAACAUGGAAAGACUCAAAACAUUCAAGGCCCAGUCAGUUGCUUCCCUUGCAGAGUUCAAGAAAGAAGUGGAGAGUUUUGAAGCUAAGUACCAAGCUGCCACAAAGGAAGAUUUAUUGCAAGACAAAAACUUCCGCAAAGAUUUUGCGGAUACUGGUGAUGCAAUCAACAUUCUGCAUAAGAAAUUCAAAGACCGCCCAAAGGCUAAGGGUAGUGGUGUGUCUACAGCUGCGAGAUCAGCAAAGAAGGCAAUGACCAAGCAAACAACUUCAACGUCUUCACGCAGCCCAUCCCGCAAUCCAUCCCGUCGACAGUCUAACGCACAGGUAUUAAAGGCACCACCACAGCCACCACCACUCGAGGCCCCAGCUGACCCUUUCAACGACAGGCCCCCGGAAAUCACAGUGCCACAGUGGGAGCGGCUGCUGGCUACGCGGAAAAGGAAGAUGCAGCAGGAGGCCGAGGUCGCACGGCUCACAAGCAUUAUGAAGAGCAUGGCCGGGUUUCUCGUGCACCUCACCCAAGUCGAUGAUUCCAACUCCAAGGAGAUUGAAGUUUGCCUGCGCACCAUGGCUGAUUUUCGAGAGGAGCGAGAGAUAGGGAGGAAGAAUCUGGAGUUUAUAAUAAAGAUGAAAUCUGGGUUUGUUGAAGCCAUUCUGGAUCCUCUUCAAGGUGACUAUGCUGAUGUGGUCUUGCUCCCUUGCUCCCUCAUUGAGGACUUCAACAAAGUGGUUCUUUACGAGGCCAACACCAAGAUGGAAAUGUUGAAGCAAACAAUAAUAUUCAAAGCAAAGAAUCAUGUAGUGGAAUGGGAAAUCUCAAAGAACUGCCUUAGGCAACAACAUAUUAUUGAGAAGAUUCGUGCACUUCAACUCCUUCGUGUAACAAAAGCCACUCAACAAGUUAUCCGGACAGGAGAGGACCCAGUUGCAGCUUCAGAGGGCUUAGCGCUUGAAAAGAGAUUUGAGCACAAUAAGAAGAUGCACAGCCACCGGGUCAGGGAGAGGGACAGUGCAUUGACGCUGGUGCAAGGCAAGAAAGGGGAGAUGCAAGGCCAGAAUGCAAAGAUGCUCGUGAAGACCAAGGCCCUGCACGUCGAGGAGCACUUCCUUGCUCGCCUUUGCAGCAGUAGACUUGCCGCUGAGCAGAAGUUGCAUGCCCUUGACCAGCGGUUUCAAGCCUUGUACCUCAAAAGGCAACUCCACAACAGGGCUUGUGCCCAAGCAAAGAAAUUAGAGGAGUUGGGUGAAGAGUUUGUGAAGAUGCAAAACCGGAUCAUUCCGCGGCUCCCGAAUGCUAACAUGUCCAACUACAACUACCCGUCCAGGUCACCUCAUUUCCAGCAGGGACGAGCCGUUUUGGAGGCCCGGAAAGCGUAUUUUCUAUCCCUUGGUAGUCGACCCUCCAUGACACAUGACACAUGAUUUUGGACCCCUUUUUCAAGGCCAUGUUGUGUUCCUUUGCUUCAGUAUCUUCUUUUACUUGACUGUGAGAACUAAGAGACUGUCAUCCUCCCAUUUUUCUUAACAUUUCUGAUUUAAGAUUAAUGAUUUGCAGAAGUCCUUUUUUUAAAUCAUAAAUGUUUUGUUUAUUUGCAAUUAAUAUCAAGCAUUACACAAUCAAGGAGUCAA